UUCCUGAAAAAAAUGGAAAACGCCAAAAGCGUAGGGAGAAUAUUUGAGGCCCGGGCCGACACGACGAUGCGAAUCGCGUAUCACCGCGCACCAUUCAAUAUCUAUCGUUCUUUAAUUAUAAGAAUAUAAAUGAGAAUAUAUCGGUAUACUAUCUGCUGUACUAUCAUGCUUAACUUUUUGCUCGGCUACUUGUAGGAAACGAUUAACGCUAAUGAGAGAGGCAAAUUGAGUUCCGCGUGCUACAUCGCGAAGAAACGCCCUAUCCACUCUUGCCUGCUCUUUGAUCCUAUUUACAAACGGAAAAGCAUCGCGCGGUUGGCUAAACGAUCGAUAGACGGGUAUUAUAAAACGAAGGCAAUUUGUAUAUGCACUUCCGAUUGUCGCGCUGCGAUAGAUCUCCGCUUGGAUAUUGCGAAAUAGGUCCGAGCCUGAUCGUUAAAAUCUUCGUCGCGUGAGACUCCAAAUUAAUUCAUAUCGUGUAAUGGAUUAUAGAGAGGCGGGACAACGCGCUUAAUAAACUUCAGGAAUUCUGCGCUUAAUGUUAGUAAUUCCAUAGUACCUACGUUAUCUCUAGCUUAUUGCUGGCUUAAUUUUAGUAGCAGACGGCUUAAUUAAUUUACAACUUUCUUUAUUCUCGUUCGGAAUUCGUCAAGAAAUUUAUAAUUGCGUUUAAUUAAUAACGAUAUGAUACUUCGAAGUCACGGUGCGUCAAUAAGUCAAGCGUAGUCAAUGUACGGUUUUGCCUGUGGGGAAAUUAAUUUCCUCAGCCGUCCCCAAACCGUUCGGCGAGCGUUACGUCGCUGAGCCCAUUGCUUAGCAACCGGAAGUAGCAACAGAAGUAGCUAUACAGCGCGCCUUACGGCCUUUACUACAGCUGUCUCGGGUGCGCGGGGUGGCAGAUGUCUCUCUCAAAUGUCGGCGUCCAAUGUCAUCGGGGACUGGAGUGCGACCCGCCCCUGCAUGGAUCUUCGUGAUCGACGUCGCCGAUCGCGAAGGCGCCAACGUCUUCCGGGAAACGGACGGUCUUUUCUCUCCCUUUCCUCUACCAAUCUCUUAUGAGUCUGUCGUGAAGGGAAAGUAGAGUCGUCAAGAAAUAAGGCUGCCAAUAACGAGACUUCGAGAUGGCGUACAAACAGCCACCGGCCCAGGACGAACUGGAGCUGGAGACGAUGGCGGAAGCCGAGCUCUCGAGGCUGAAGAGGCAGUACAGGAUAAUGGAGAACGAUCGGGCGACGUGUGCAGAGGACGCGAGGCUCCAGCUUCGCAAUCAACAGAACGCGAUCGAUCGUCUGGAGUACGAGAAGGCCGAACUCGUGCUGGCGAUUAAGACCGCGCGAUCGAAGGCGUUCACGCGUAAGGACGCGGAGAUGGACAGGAAACUGAGGUGUCUGCUGACAAAGCGCGCCAAGUACAUCGAGCUGAUAGAGAACGAGAAGCAGCAAAUAGCCCAACUUAACGAACAGAUCGGCAAGCUUUCGAAGGAUGUCACGAGUAUGAAGAUGAAAGUGCGCACCGACGUGCAAUCGCGGGAGAUAGCGGCGCAGCACACCAAGGCGAUACUCAUGCUGGAGAACCGGGUGGAGGUGGCCACGAAGAAGUUCAACCUGGUAAUAGCGGAGAACGCGAAGCUGCGCGCUGAGAUUGAGACCCUGCUGAAGGAACGGGCGCAGUUUAUGCAAGUGUGGAACAAGCUGAUCAAUCAAUUGAACACGGGCAAGCAGGUCAUCAACGACCUGAUCGAGCAGGCGACGGUCACGUUCAAUCAGCGAGAUGAGGAGCUCAAUAAGAUCCAGGCGCUUCGCGAGAGGGGAAUAAGGGAUCUGAAGAAUCACACGUCGGAGAUGUGCGAACUGAAGAGGACUCUGGAUAACGAAAUGAAGCUGCAGGAGUUUCUCGGCGUGAAGGGACAGUUCCGCGAGAUGGUCGAUCUGAACGCGAAAAGGGAAGCCGAGAGACAGGCUAAGCGAGAGGAGAAGCAGAACAAGAUAGCGGCCUUCACGCAAAUCUUGCAGACGAUCAAGCAAUUCACCGGCGAGCAAGAAAUCGACAAGCUGACCGCGCAUUUCAUUAAGCAAGAGGAGGAGAAUUUCGCGCUCUUCAACUACGUGAACGAGUUGAACGACGAGCUGGAGAGUCUUCAGGCGAGAAUGGAACAGCUGACGGUGGCUAUCGACGAAGCACGUGCCUUAAAUGUGCAUCGCGAUCAGCAGCAGGCCGAGACUUUGGAGAAGAUCUCCAAGGAGCUAGAGGAACAAACAGCCCUAACAGACGCUGCCGAAAAUGAUCUUGCUCAGUGCAACGACGUGGUGGAUAAGCUGCUGCGGGGGAUCGACGGCCUCUUCAAGGCGAUACGCUGCGACAACUCGCCGAUUUUAGAAUUGUUGGGCGACAACACCCACGUUACCAUGAGCAACGUCAUGCUCUAUUUAGGCAUUAUCGAGAAACGGAUCACCGAGAUGUUUCACAAGGUCUACUGGGUGGAUAAGGAAAGCAAGGUUCAUCGGCUGGACGAAGAGAGGAAGCCCAAGCUGAAAGUGCCCGUACUUAAUCGCAUCGUACCCACCCAACCCUGUGUCCUGUGAGUCCCGUUUUGUUAUCCUCCCACGUUCCUUUAUUACGCCCUCGAACUCCUGUUAUUGGGUAUCCUUGAGAUUUUUUUAACAUUUUAGACAUUUCUGAACAUUUUUUAUUUCUGAACGUGAUAGCCUAAUUUGAUACUUAAAAUAGCUCAGUUCUUUUCCCAUAAAGACAAGUGAUUAGAAACAGACAUUUACAAUACUUAAGUAGAUAAUUAAUCAAUGUAUCAGUGGAAAUAUUUUAUUAACCGAUUAUACAUUUGACGUUAAACACGCGCUGAGGAUAUCCGGGUCGCUUGUCAACUACAUCUGACUACUUUAACUAUCCUCGGAUGCAGCUGC